AUGCAGAAUCCUUUCGGCGGUCCCAGGGCAAACGCUUGCCCAUGGGGUUUGUCCCAAAGCGUCAGAGAGGCCUCUGCUCCUAAGCCUCCUCUCGAAGUUAGAACGUUUGCCUCCAUCGUUUCGGACUCCGUCGAGUCUUCUAUCAACCUCAAUCAACUGACAGCCCCAGUUGUGCGUGGGGACAAGAUCUAUGUCAAGAUCAAUGAGAGAAUUUAUCAAGAGCAACUGAAGUCUUUUCGCACAAACCUUAUCGGGAGACUACUUUUGAAAAAGGGUUCUGUUCCUUUGAAAACAAUUGAACUCAAAGCAGCUCUCGACAGUUUAUGGAAGCCCUCAGGGUCCUGGCGUCUGGUACCUUUGGGGAAGGGUUAUUUUGAUAUUCACUUUAGCACUGAAGAGGACAUGCGUCGUAUCUGGGGAGGGGGUACUUGCACUCUUGCCAGUGGUAUCUUUCGUCUCUCUGAAUGGAAGCCUGACUUCAAGCCAGGGGAUGUCAUGCCCCAAACUCAUGCACAGGUUUGGAUUCAAAUUUCGGGUUUGAGCCAAGACUAUUGGCAUCCUCACCUCCUUAUGGAGAUUGCCCGGGGUGUGGGUACUCCUCUACAACUUGACCGGGCGACAAAGGAACGUCAAUUUGGUUACUAUGCUCGUGUCUUAGUUGAUGUGGAUCUGGCUACUGAUCUCCCUUCUUCGAUUAUGGUUGAACGUGAGAACUUUUGUUUUCCAGUAGAGAUUUGGUAUGAAAAUCUGCCAGAUAAGUGUUCAAAUUGCGGGGUCAUUGGUCACUCCGUGGGCCGCUGCAGACAUUUGCAAAAGCAGGAGCCUAAGACUCGCUCCCAGCAUGACAAGAAUAAUCAAAAAGUUGUGCGUCAAGAGUAUAGAGCGGUUUCGCGUUCUUCCAAUGAAGAAGUAAAGCGUAAUGUGGUCACUUCUGAUAUUAGGCAUGAUAUGCAGAUGGUCUAUGCUUCUCCACCAAAUAUGACUAAUGAAAUUGUUACAAAGGAUCAACAUGCCGCUUCAACUCUGACAGUUCAUGACGACUCUCCUAGGGUCCAAUCUUCUGAAAGAGAAUUGGUAGAAAUUGCUCAGUUUGCACAAACCGUUAUUGAAGAGGCGGCUUUGGAUGAAAUGGAGACUAUUGCCCAGCGAGUAAUAGAGGAGCCAUUGGAAGCAAAUAUUGAAGUUGCUAAUGCAAGGAAGGAUGACUUGAGCUCCUCGGAAACGACUGAACAAGUUCUUGAGGAGCAUUUUUCUCUGGAAAAUGCAGUAGGUGAGUUGACAAAAGGGAAAACUAGUGGCCAUGACUUACCUGAGGAAGCCCAAUGCACAACUGGUAUUGAUGGAACCCCUCCUAGGGGGCAAUUUGAAAUGCAAGCAGUGAAUUCUAUGAUGGGGGGUGAUACAGGCCUUAGGAAUAUGACCCUUGUUCUUUCUAAAGGGCAGAAAAAGAGACUCCGCAAACAACAAAGAGAGGAAAAGCAGCCAGGAGAGGGCACUGUGGAUUGUUACCCCGCAAGAAAUAGGGGUCCUCCUCAUAAGCUUAAUUUAUGA